AUGCGCACCUGGGCUGGACCACAGUUCUCUGCACUCUCCCAAGAGCCACAGAAAAUGAACACACCUCAGGCAUCAGUGUCAUUCAAGGACAUAACUGUGGAGUUCACCCAGGAGGAGUGGCGGCAAAUGGACUCUGCUCAGAGGACCCUGUACAGAGAUGUGAUGCUGGAGAACUACAGCCAUCUGGUCUCAGUGGGGUACUGCUUUACAAAACCAGAACUGAUCUUCACAUUGGAGCAAGGAGAAGAUCCAUGGUUAUUUAAGAAAGAAUUUCUAAGAAAAGGCUCCCCAGAAGAAUACCAACCUAAUCAACUCUCAGAGAAGAGCCUAGAAAACCAAGGCAAAUAUUUGUGGCAAGUUUUAUUCACCAACAGAUCAUUGACUACAGAGGAAGAGUUUUCAGGAAAACCAUGUAAUCUGGACAUAAACAAUUUAACUCCAAGAACAAUGCCCUAUAAAUUUGACAGUACAGGACCUGCUUACCUACAUCUCAGCUCAGUGGCUCCACAUUGUCAGUAUUCAAGAAAGAAGGCUCAUGAGCUUAAUGUAUGUGAGAAAUGGCUCCUCAGUAUUAAAGAGGGAAGAACUAAUACUGGAGAGAAGUCUUUUGUUUGUAGUAAAAACGUGAAAGCCUUUAGUCAUAAAGAGAAGGUUACUCAGUAUCAGACAAUUCAGACUUUGCAGCAAGCUUCUGAAUACAAUGAAUGUGGAAAAGCUUUCCUUGAAAAGACUGUCCUCAUUACAUCUAAGAGUACCCACCCAAAAGUGAAAUCUUAUAAAUUUAAUAAAUUUGGGGGAAAACAAUGUGAUAAGUCAACUUUUAUGGUCUCUCAUAGCAAUAAUCCAGAGGAGAAGAGUCAUUAUGAGCUUAAUGAAUAUGAAUGUACUGAAAACAGAAAUAAUUUCAGUAGGGUCACUCAGAAAACUGACACAGAAGGGAAAUCUUUCAACCAAAAAUCACAAAUUAGAGAACAUCAGAAAAUUCACAUAGGAGUGAAACCCUUUGAAUAUGGAAAGAAUUUCAACCGUAAUUCAGCCCUCCCAGUGCAUCAGAGAACUCACACAACAGACAGAUCUGAUUAUGACACAUGUACAGAGACAUUAGUUUGUCAGUCAGCUUUCAACAUACAUCAGAGAUCUCCCAUAACAGAGAAACCAUAUGAAUGUAAUGAAUGUGGAAAAUCCUGCUCUAUGAAUUCAUUUUUGAUUCAGUCUCUAGCAAGUCACACAGGGGAGAAACCCUAUGAAUGUCACACAUGUGGGAAAGCUUUCAGUGAGAAGUCACGCCUAAGAAAACAUCAGAGAACUCACACAGGAGAGAAACCAUAUAAAUGUGAUGGUUGUGAGAAGGCUUUCAGUGCAAAGUCAGGCCUAAGAAUACAUCAGAGAACUCACACAGGGGAGAAACCUUAUGAAUGUAAUGAAUGUGGGAAAUCUUUCAACUAUAAGUCAAUCCUCAUAGUACAUCAGAGAACUCACACAGGAGAGAAACCUUUUGAAUGUAAUGAAUGUGGAAAAUCUUUCAGCCACAUGUCAGGCCUAAGGAAUCAUCGGAGAACUCACACAGGGGAAAGACCUUAUAAAUGCGAUGAAUGUGGGAAGGCUUUCAAACUGAAGUCAGGUCUAAGAAAACAUCACAGAACUCACACAGGAGAGAAGCCCUAUAAAUGCAAUCAAUGUGGGAAAGCUUUUGGUCAAAAAUCACAACUCAGAGGACAUCAUAGAAUUCACACAGGGGAGAAACCCUACAAAUGUAAUCAUUGUGGGGAAGCUUUCAGCCAGAAAUCAAACCUCAGAGUGCAUCACAGAACUCACACUGGGGAGAAACCCUAUAAAUGUGAUGAGUGUGGAAAAACUUUCAGGCAGAAAUCAAAUCUCAGAGGACAUCAGAGAACUCACACAGGGGAGAAACCCUAUGAAUGUAAUGAGUGUGGAAAAGCUUUCAGUGAGAAAUCGGUCCUAAGAAAACAUCAGAGAACUCACACAGGGGAAAAACCCUAUAAUUGUAAUCACUGUGGAGAAGCUUUCAGCCAGAAGUCGAACCUCAGAGUCCAUCAGAGAACUCACACAGGGGAAAAACCCUAUAAAUGUGAUAAAUGUGGGAAAACUUUCAGCCAGAAAUCAAGCCUUAGAGAACAUCAGAAAGCCCACACAGGGAGUUAA